AAAAAAAAAAUAAAGUCAUAACAAAAACACGUUGUUUUGAUGAUGUUCGUGUGAGAUUUUAUUACGGAUAUUUUCGUGAAUUUACAUCGUUUUAAAUUGUUAAAGAAUAAUUUAAGAUGGGGAAAGGACGCUACAAUGCUAAAGCUCGCCAAGUCGUUAAGACUGAUAUAGAUAAUUCAAAAACUAGCGAGAUUCAACUAGAAUUUGCUACAAAUGAAUAUGGAGCCACCGACUCAACCAAUCUACUGGCCUUACCAUCAAAGAAACGUGAAACGAAAAUUGUCCGCGAAAAGAAAGAAAAAACAAGAUUUCUUUCAAAAGCACAGAGGAAAAGAUUAGAAAAGAUUGUUGAGAAGAAGAAGAAAAAGGAAAAUAGAGCAUCUCUUUUAGAAUCUCUGUCACAAGUGCAAGCGUCUGCAGCGGAAGUGCAGCAGUUGACGGGUAUAUCAGCUGUCCAGACUAUUGGGUUGAGGAAACUUAAUGAGCUGAACUCUGAGCUGACCACUCAAGCAGUCACUGAGGAAACGGAAAAUAAGAAGUUUAGUAGUAUUGCCGGUGCCAAGAAACGUCUUCGAUUACUAAAAAUGGAUAAUGCAGAAAAAAUAAAGAAGAAGAAAUAUGAUCCUAAUGUAGUUGGACUUGAAGAAUCUUCAGAAGACAGCAGUUCAGAAUCUGAAGAAGAAAGUGAUGAUGAUGAACCUGAAAUUGUGAAUGGACAUGAUACCAAUGAAAAAGAAACUCCUAAUCCAACCGAUAAGGUUGAUAUUACUGUGACGGAUAAAAAUGAUUCUGAAGAACAAAAUACAGUUAAAAUUGUAGAAAAGAAAGUUGAAAAUGUUAAGAAAAACAGUGAAAAAGAUAUUAAAGUUGAAAAGAAACCAUUGCUUGAGCAUCCUACAGUUCAUGUAGAAGUGAAAAGGGAUCCUAAGAUUCAGGUAGCAAGGUUGAAAUUGCCUAUACUGGGCGAAGAACAGAGGAUUAUGGAAUUGAUAAAUGAAAACGAAUUCCUUAUUGUUGCUGGAGAAACAGGCAGCGGAAAAACAACCCAGAUACCACAGUUUCUCUACGAAGCAGGGUAUGCAGAGCACAAGAUGAUAGCUGUUACGGAGCCCCGUAGAGUGGCUACCGUGGCUAUGGCCGCCCGAGUCGGCUAUGAAUUGGGAUUGUCCAACAAAGAGGUUUCUUACCUCAUGCGGUUUGAGGGUAACGUUACAAAGGACACCAAAAUCAAGUUUAUGACUGACGGAGUCCUUCUCAAAGAGAUUCAAUCAGAUUUUCUUCUGAGCAAAUAUUCAGUUGUUAUCAUCGACGAGGCCCACGAAAGGAGCGUGUACACGGACAUUCUAUUAGGUCUUCUAUCGAGGAUAGUUCCAUUGCGAAGGAAACGAGGAUCUCCUCUCAGGCUGAUCAUCAUGUCCGCCACUCUAAGAGUCGAAGACUUUACUGAAAACACCAGGUUGUUUAAAGACCCGCCUCCAGUUAUAAAAAUAGACGCAAGACAGUUUCCAGUGACGAAACAUUUCAACAAGAAUACAAACAGUGAUUAUUUGAAGGAAGCGUUUAAGAAAACUGUAAAAAUUCACACUCGGUUGCCCGAAGGAGGCGUAUUGAUAUUUGUUACCGGACAACAGGAGGUGCACUAUUUAGUCAAAAAACUAAAGGCUGCUUUCCCGUACCGCAAAGAUGUGGAUUACACGAAGCUUAUCACCAAGAAUAAGCCGGUGUCAGACGCUGAUGCUGCAUUGGAUUCCGAACCUGAAGAUAUCGAGUCUGAUGAUGAUGAGGUAGAAAGAGAAAUGAAACGCGCUCGCAAAGCCCGGAGAAAGGCUAAGAAGAAGUCUAAGACUCUGCCUAAGAUCAACUUGGAUGACUAUGACAUGCCGGAAGAUGAUGGCCAGGCGGACCUGGUGGAUGAUGAGGAUAGCGAGGGGCAUCUCAGUGAUUCAGACGCCGAAGAAGAUUCCCUAACUCCAGCCAUAAAAUCGUGUCGCCAACCUCUAUGGGUGUUACCUUUGUACUCGAUGUUGAACCAAAAUAAACAAGCCAGGAUCUUCAACCCCCCGCCGGCUGGAGCAAGGCUCUGCGUCGUCAGUACGGAUGUGGCUGAAACAUCGAUCACCAUACCAUCUAUCAGAUACGUUGUGGAUACUGGAAAAAAGAAGAUGCGCGUCUACGAUCACGUGACCGGCGCAAGCGCAUGGCGCAUAGUUUGGACGUCGCAAGCGAGCGCUGAGCAACGCGCGGGUCGAGCCGGUCGAGUGUCGAGCGGACACGCGUACCGUCUGUACAGUAGCGCCGUCUUCCAACACGAAUGUCCUGAACAACACCCACCUGACUUAUGCAGGAGGCCUGUCGACGAUCUCGUAUUGACUAUGAAGUGUAUGGGGAUAGAUAAGGUAGUAAACUUCCCGUUCCCGACGGCCCCCGACAGAAUGCAGUUGCGCUUAGCUGAAAAGCGGCUGGAAGCCCUCGGUAUCCUGGAGAAGCCUCCUAUGAAGGACAUCAGGAAGGAUGAUGAAGAGGUGCUUAAAGUGACUCCGCUAGGCAAGGCAGUGUCUGCAUUCCCCCUUCUGCCCCGCUACGGCAAGAUGUUAGCUCUCAGCCAUCAACAGAACCUGCUACCCUUCACUAUAGCGCUCGUGUCAGCGCUCACUGUACCAGAGGUAAUGACCGGGAAACCAGAUAGUUGGCCAGCGACUGGCAAUGUUCUCUUGCUUGGCGAUCCUGGCGUGUUACUCCGUGCUAUUGGCGCGGCGGAAUACGCAUAUGUAAAAGGGGAAGAAGAAAUAUUCUGCGCCAAAUAUGGACUUAGAGAAAAGGCAAUAAAAGAAAUACGCAAACUUCGAAAACAAUUGACCUCAGAAAUCAAUCUAAGCGUGGCGGGGGUCGAUGUGGUGGUAGACCCCGAAAUGAAACCCCCAAACGAUAACCAGGCUCGGCUGUUGAGACAGUUGGUGCUCAGCGGCUUAGGGGACCAGGUUGGCAAGAAAAUAGCUCUUGAAGAAGUUAAACAAGGAGAAGACAAAAGAAAGUUCAAAUACGCGUACCACUGCGGGGAAUUGGAAGAACCAGUCCAUUUGCACUCUGAUUCCAUACUAAGAAAGACCAUUCCAGAAUGGGUAGUGUUCCAGGAAUUGUAUGAAACUGGAUCUGAUGAGAGACGGAAAAUGGUUAUGAGAAAUGUAACGGCUAUAGAACCAGAGUGGCUGCCUUUAUUGGUGCCUCAGUUGUGUAAUUUAGGCGAACCUCUAGAUGAUCCUCCGCCUAGAUAUGAUGAGAAGUCAGGAAGAGUCAAGUGUCACUUUAAAGGUACUUUUGGUAAAGCUGGAUGGGAACUACCCACUGCUGAAGUGGAUUAUCCGGAGAAAAUUGACAGAUACAGAUGGUUCGCCCGUUUCCUACUAGAGGGCGCUGUGUUCCCUAAAUUGAAGAAGUAUACAGGUUCAUUACUGUCUCCUCCUUCAACCAUGGUGAAGAGUUGGGCCAAGCUGCAACCUAGAACAGAAGUGCUUCUGAAGGCUUUGAUAGCGAAGCGAGCGGGUUCUCGGGACGCUUUGCGAAGCGUUUGGGAGGAGAAUGGUUCUUUCCUUCUUGACGAGUAUUUGAAAUGGGUGCCGGAGUCAGCACACAACGAAGUCAGCUUAUAUUGGCCGCCUUUGAAAUAAUUCUUU